CUGCCAAAAAUGAGAAGUAAGUAGUCCUAUGUGCGCAGUUUAGCUCACCGCACUUAUGUGGCAACAGCUAGUGACUCCCAAAAAAGGCGAGGGAAUCAGAUGAAUUUCUCGGACCAUUCUGUUCAUGAAUGCCCUAUAAUGGAGUCUAUGGGCUUUGAAGAUUACUUCCCCGACACCAGGAAUGAAAGCGGCUCAAAUGACUCUUCGAUUUACAACCUGCCGAAGUACAAACAGCCAAUGUACAUCAUCGCCAUCUUUGUUGUUCUCUAUGUCAUUGUGUUCGUGUUGUGCAUUGUGGGUAAUCUCGUGGUGUGCUAUAUCAUCGCGAGAACUCCGUCACUGCGAGAUGUCACCCACUCCUUCAUCUUGAAUCUCUCCGUGAGUGACCUCCUAGUGGGGGUCUUCUGCAUCCCGUUCACCUUGGUGAACCACAUUUUCCAUGAGAACUAUCUUGGUGACGUCAUGUGCAAAGUCAGCCCUAUGCUGAAAGGCAUGUCGGUAGCCGCGUCGGUGUUCACCCUGACUGCAAUCGCAUUUGACAGAUACUGUGUGAUUGUCCAUCCGACCCGAGACCGCCUCACCGUCCGCCAGGCUGUGUAUCUCAUCAUCGCCAUCUGGGUCGUCGCCGCCAUCAUCAUGUCACCAACGUCUAUCGUUCGCCGCGACGCGCCCUUCCAGUUCGGCCAGCAGACCCUGUCUGUGUGCGGGGCGUUCUGGCCAUCUGCGCUGCUGCGUAAGGCCUACAGCGCCUUCCUCUUCGUCAUCUGCUACGCAGCGCCUGUCCUCAUCAACACCUUCCUGUACGGCAGAACGGGCAUCAAGCUGUGGAUGACCAAGUCGGCUGCUGCACCUAAAGCCUGCAGUAACCAGACUGAGCAGCGAAGCCGCAUCAUCAAGAUGAUGGUCAUCAUCGUCGCCGUGUUCGCCAUCACCUGGAUGCCGCUCUACAGCUGCUGGCUAUUGGAGGACUUCGGUCACCUGACCGAAAGCCAAUCACAGAUCCUUCACGACUACAUCUACCCGAUAGCUCACGUGAUGGCGUUUGCCAACAGCGCCGUGGAUCCGUUCAUCUACGGCUUGUACAGCAGCAACCUCCGCAGCCGCGUCACAGACAUCUGCCGCCCACAGAAGACCAGGGGGAACGUUGAAGCUCGUAACAACAACAAUCCUGAAAAGCCACUGGCCAUUGGCCACAAGCCACAAUCGUUCCAAGUGAACCUACCAACGGUAGACAACAGAAACAUGCCCGGCGUAUCCAACGAAUAAAGAUAAUGCCAAUCUAUGAAACAAGAAAAGGAUAAAAAUUGUUAUCUUGACCUCAUUCAGCCAAUAUUGACCAUGGUGAAAUCUUUGAUAUCAGCCCUACAGCUUUGGCUAUGGCUGAACAGAAAUAUACGAGAAUGUCAUUCUCAUUCACACUAGGAUCUGUAAGCUGACUCAGGUCUGUUGGAAAGUGCUAGUACUAUAAAAUGUAUUUUCAAUACAAAGGACAUAUUUUGUGAAGAAAAGUGUAUUACUAAUGUGCAGAAAUAGGAUCUGUACAUACAUAAACAUUAUAACAAGACUUUGUAUCUGAAUUCUAGGAA